AUGUCUGACAUUCAAGAAGCUGCUAACCAACUCCUGGAUGUGAACCUUCAUGAGGACGAGAGCUCUAUACAAGUGACAGACAAUGGCCUCAGAAGUGAGUCUGAGCAACUCCAAGUCAUUAUUGGAGCCACUGUACCUACUGGCUUUGAGCAAACAGCUGCAGAUGAAGUGCAAGAGAAAUUGGGGUCAUCAUGCAAAAUCAGCAAAGACCGGGGAAAGAUAUAUUUUGAUGUUUCAGUGGAAAGGCUGGCUCAGGUUCAUUGUCUGAGAUCAGUUGAUAACUUAUUUGUAGUUGUUCAGGAGUUUAAAGAUUACCAGUUCCAAAAAACAAAGGAAGAAGUUCUACAGGAUUUUGAAGACUUGGCUGGAAAACUCCCAUGGUCAGACCCUUUAAAAGUAUGGAAAAUUAACACCAGUUUUAAGAAAAAAAAAACAAAGCGCAAAAAGAUAAAUCAAAAUUCAAGUAAAGAGAAGAUUGAUAAUGGACAAGCAGACAAAACAGAUGAGAGAGAUAUUAAAAAAGAGUUCACUAACAAUACUUUAGAUUCACAAAUCUUAGACUACUAUGAAAAUCCAGCCAUCAAAGAGGAGAUAUCAACGUUAGUAAGUGAUGAUUUGGCAUCUUGCAGAGGUGACACUGAUGAAAUCUCAAAAGAAGAAACUGAGCCCCAAGUGCUGAAGUUUAGAGUCACAUGCAACAGGGCAGGAGAGAAACAUUGCUUCACCUCAAAUGAGGCCGCAAGAAAUUUUGGGGGUGCUGUUCAAGAUUAUUUUAAGUGGAAGGCUGACAUGACCAACUUUGAUGUUGAGGUUCUUUUAAAUAUCCAUGAUAAUGAAGUCAUCGUGGGCAUUGCAUUGACUGAAGAGAGUCUUCAUCGAAGAAAUGUUACACAUUUUGGACCUACAACUCUUAGAUCAACUCUUGCCUAUGGGAUGCUCAGCAAACCAUCCUGGGGCUUGCCCAUAGAUGCUAUUCAAUGGGAUAUCUGCAAUCUGCCAUUGAGAACAGGCUCCGUGGAUAUUAUUGUAACGGAUAUGCCAUUUGGAAAAAGGAUGGGGUCUAAGAAGAGAAACUGGAACCUUUAUCCAGCUUGCCUGCGGGAGAUGAGCCGUGUCUGUAGACCCGGGACAGGCCGAGCUGUACUACUCACUCAGGACAAGAAAUGCUUUACCAAGGCAUUAUCUGGAAUGGGACGUGUGUGGCGCAAAGUGCAUACAGUCUGGAUAAACAUCGGGGGUCUUCAUGCUGCAGUUUAUCUUCUGAAAUGUACACCGCAAACUUUUGUUCAUCCUUCACAAGAUGGAGAAAAACUCCUUGGUAAUGCAAAGAAUGAAGAUGAUUAAUAGUAUUUGCAUUUCCCAACACGGAAACAUCAGCAUGAAGAACUUGCUUUUAGAGGAAAAUAGUAUUAACAAACGUUCAGCCUGCACUGUUUAAACCAGUCCAGAGUUCUUCACCCUGGUUAGCAAAAGGCAUGAAUGUAAUUGGAAUUGGAAAAAGUCUUGAGAGCUUUUCCUUGGAGCUGUUUUGAAGGGGUAGCUGAGCAAUUAGUAUUUUUUUUUUAAAUGCUUAUGCUUUAAAGAUGCCUCGCGAAAAGCCUAUUAAA